AUGACCCCCGCCCCACGCGCUCUCCCAGAAGGCGGCCUUCCCUUCACCCAUCAGCCCGAGGUUGUCGACCACAACAUCACCGCCAGAGCCUUCGUCGCAGCACGCCCGCUCGUUGCAGCGGCAGCGACCGGCGCCCUCGUCUUCUCCAGGGCCACCGGCGAAGACCGCAUCCUCCUCAUCCAGCGGGCACCUCAUGACUCGCUGCCCCUACUCUGGGAAGUGCCCGGCGGCGCCUGUGACUGGGAGGACGAGUCCAUCCUCCACGGCGUGGCUAGGGAACUGUGGGAGGAGGCCGGUUUGAGGAUGAGCAAUGUGGUGAGGCAGGUUGGCAAGGACGAAGGCUUUCUCACGAGGAGGGGUCUUGCCGUGGCGAAGGUUACGUUCGAGGUUGAGGUUGAGACCACGCAGUCUGAGGGAGGCUCGGAAACGGAGGCCCUACCAGAGGUGGUGAUUGAUCCGAACGAGCAUGUGCGGCGACUCAACAGAGAUGCAAUGGCCACACCACCAGCAUCUUCUGAAGGCGACGCGCCACUGUUUGACUCUGCCCAACCCUUCAAGGGUGUCGUGGUCUGCUGCACCAACAUUCCCACCGAACUGCGAGCAGACAUCGCAGCCAAGACAACCGAGCUCGGCGGCCAGCACAAAUAUGACCUCACCCCCGACUGCACCCACCUGAUCGUUGGCGACUACGACACCCCCAAAUACCGCCAUGUUGCGAAGGAGCGGCCCGACGUCAGGGUCAUGGUCCCCGGCUGGGUCGAGGCUGUCCGUGAUCUCUGGGUAGAAGAUGUCGAGAUCGACUUCCUCGCGCUCGAGAAGGAGUGGCAGCUGCGCACCUUCGAGGCGGGUGGAGGAGAACCAACUGCCGACGGUUCCGAACCGAAACGCCGACAGCUCCUAUGCUGCAUGACCGGCUUCGAAGACCCAGACGAGCGCGAGCGGAUUAUCAGCACCAUCGAAGCCAACGGCGGCCUUUACACCGGAGACCUCAUGAAACAGGUCACCCACCUCAUCGUCUUCAAGCCGGAAGGGCGGAAAUACCACGCCGCGAAGAACUGGGGUGUGGCAACCGUCUCUGUCGAAUGGAUCACCCAAAGUGUUGAACGCGGCCUGAUCCUAGACGAGAAGCUCUUCGAUCCGGUCCUGCCUCCGCAUGAGAGGGGAGUAGGCGCGUGGAACAAGCAGCGGUCCCGGCUCUCUUCGCUCGGCAAAAGGCUCAGGGAAAACAACGCCGCGGCCCAGGAUGAGGGGAAGAGGAAGUUGCGCAAAGUCGCCAGCAUGAAGCUAAACACCCAGAGGGACAACCUAUGGGGAGACAUUUUGGGGAAACCGCAAGCCUCCGACCUUGCGCCCGCGCCCGCUGCGCCCCCCCAACAGGUCGGGGCAAAUCGGCAGCCUCUACCACCUACUCAGAUCACACAGCCCACACAAUCCACACAACCAACACAACUAACGGGUCGCAAGUUACACGAUACUCAAGGGUCAAAACUCUCAUCCUUUGGGGUCCCGGCAGACAGCGCUGUUUUCGCCUCCUGCUGCUUCUACGUGCAUGGUUUCUCGGCGCAGAAGACCGAGAUCUUGGUCAACACUAUUGCCUCGCUCGGGGGGUUGAUCUGCCACUCUCUCGAGGAGGCCGUCUCCACAUCCGGUGCCCAACUAUCCCACCGGUUCCUCAUCGUGCCGCAAGCCUCCCGCUCGGAAACGCAUCCUCGAGCUCCCGACAACCUCCACGUCAUUACGGAGUUCUACAUCGAAAGGUGUCUGCACAAAAAGUACUUCUUCGACCCCUCCCAACACGCCAUCGGCCGACCUUUCCCCUUGUUUCCGAUUCCGGGCUUCGAGGGUCUGACUAUCUGCACCGCCGGGUUCACCGGUGUUGACCUCAACCAAGCAGACAAGUCCGUCCGGCAGCUGGGCGCCAAGUACGAGGAACGGUUCACUGGGAACGUGUCACUUCUCGUGUGCCCAUCGUUGGGUGUGGUUCGAAAACAAAAGCUUGAGUUGGCAUUGGCAUGGGGGGUACCAGUAGUCAGUGCCGAUUGGUUAUGGGAAUGCAUAGCAACCGGCUCCAAUACCCCUAUCAAGCGGUUCCUGUUUCCAGAGCUGAAGCAGAAUGUCGACAGCCCAAAAGUACUCAUCCAGCCCAGCGGAAAGGGGAAAGGCAAGAACAACACGCAGGGCAAGCAGGAGAAACCGUCGAGCAAAGGCGACAUAGACAACGACUUGCUGCCAAAGCCGUCCACCAAGCCGAAACAGCGCCGUGAUCUUGAUGAGUCGGCGUUCGUGACCGCUCAGGAAGACCUGCAGCAGUCAACCCGCCGCAAAGCGCCUCCGGUAACUGAACACGACUCGAAUGUCACGACUACCACGCACUUUGACACAGCCCCCACUCACGCGCUCGCAACAAAUGAUGCCCACAUCAGCUUUGGCACCAAGUCGCUAGCUUCGGGAGCACCACUCUCCGAGGCAUCCUCCAGCGCGCUAAACAAAACCACCACCAACACACCACGAAACCCCGAUCCUCCAGCACCCCGCAAGUCCUUCGGCAGGAUAGCCAGCGAAGUGGCAGAUUCCGAAGCCACCGAGGGUGAUGUCGCCCAACUUGAGGACCUUCCAGUAGAAGAUAACCAGGAGAACGCGGGGGAGGCUACACCGCGAAGCGCACGCUCAGACCCAACAGCAGAAAAGCAACGGCUCGAAGCCGCCGAAAAGGCAGCAGCCGAGCGCAUCGCCAUCUCCACCAAACUAGUCACCUCCCUCCUCGACUCGACCACCUCCAAACUCGGCACCACUCCCACAACCGCCUCCACCCCAACCGCCAUCCCCCUCCCCGGCGGCCCCGACGCCAGCGGCGACGAAGCACCCGCCGAGCUCGGCGCACUAGCCAAACCCAAACGCCGCAAGCGCAACAUCCUCGGCCGCGCCAUCAGCAACGUCUCCGCCGCCAGCAGCACCAGCAACGGCGAAGCCGCCACCACCACGACCACCACCACCACCACCACGGCUACCACCAAACUCCCCGCGGCGGACGCCCCGCCGGCCGCGACACAGCUGGAGUACGAGGACGAGGAGGCCAGGGGUUACAAGGAGCAGCUGAUGAGCAAGAUGAUGGGCAAGGAGGUGUCGGAGAAGAAGUUCUCGGCGGCGAAACAGAAGCGGCUGACGCUGGCCGAGAUGGGUGGGUAUGAUUCGAUGCAGCAGCAGGGGCAGGGGCAGGGGCGGUAUGGGGCUGUUGCCGGGGGGGAGAGGCGGACGAGGCGCCGGUGA